CUCCCCACUCUCCUCUGGAACGGAUCUGACAGGCGCUCUCAGCUGGCCGCUCCGUGCCAGGGCUGCAGGGGACCCGAAUGGAGACAGUGACAUCCACCCGAGCACCCGCUUGUCCCUUUUACGCAGAAUUGACAGCGAGAACGCCCCGCAAGAACAUGUAGUCUUCGAUAUUCCACUGACGGCAAACCAAUCGUAGAAUCAAUUACUUCUAUCCCUGUGUGUGUGUGUUUUUUUGUUUUUUUUUUGGUUGUUGUUGCGGACCGUUCAGUCGACCGACGCUUAAGGAAAGUGAAAUCGAUUCUCCGCCUGCUCAUCGGACAGGAUCACUGAAUGGAAGACGGCUAGAGAGGUCGUCUCGCCGAGAACAGACUGUUAACAUUUUUCACUGUCGUGCUGUGUUCACCACCACCACAGCUAUCAUUGGCAGCCUCGACGGCGGCUGCAAACGACGCCGCCUUCGCCAUGGCUUUUGGCGUGAAAGCGCCAGAAAAGCCCUCAGAUUGAGCAGAUUCGUCAUUUCUUUUUUGGUGUGCGGAUUUAAAUGCCUCUCUCCAAGGGCCACCGACCCGCUUUUUUGCUCCAGUUCGCGUGUGCGGUGUCGCACGCUGCCACGAAUAAACAAUUCAUAGGCUGCUAAAACACAGAAAGAGACUCCAUCGGGUGGGUGCACACAAUCUACAGCGAAGAGGGGGAUUUUUUUUUCCUAAGCAAUAUGGCUGGUGAGUGGGGCUGGGGACGCUGGCACAGGCUCUCCAAGGCUCCUAAAUGCUAGCUGAGGCGGAUGGCACCGUUCCCCAUGGAAGCGACAGCUCUAUGAGGACAAGCAAUAUCAAUAAUAAUAUAAAUCCGGACUCUUCAAUCUUAAUAUCCAAGAUGGAAGACGUUGUCAUCCCGUUCUCGUCUGAGGUGCCCUGCGACAAUAAUGGACAGCGCAUGUGGUGGGCAUUCCUCGCCUCCUCCAUGGUGACGUUUUUUGGGGGUCUCUUCAUCAUCCUGCUAUGGAGGACGCUCAAAUAUCUGUGGACGGUUUGCUGUCAUUGCAACAUCAAACCCAAGGAGGCUCAGAAGGUGAACAACCCGGCCAACAAUCAGGCGGCAGUAGGAACAAAGGGUACUGAUGAGAAGGAGGAGGUUCCAGCCAGCGAGGUGGGAUGGAUGACUUCCGUCAAAGACUGGGCCGGUGUCAUGAUCUCCGCUCAGACACUCACUGGCAGAGUUCUGGUGGUGUUAGUCUUUGCACUCAGCAUCGGGGCCCUCGGAAUAUACUUUAUAGACUCCUCGGAGUAA